AAUAAACAAAAGUACAAAACUAUAGCUGGUAAAUGAUAAGCUCUUUUUAUAUUACCAGGUAGCUUGUCAAUGAUAUUGAGAGAUAAUUUCCUUUAAGGGUACAUUACAAUAUUAUAAAUAAAACCAUAUUUUGUAACAUUCAUCUGACUAUUAAACUUAAAAGUAACUGAAGUUACAAAAUAGAAGUAUUUGGUAAAAGAGUAUAGAAAAACUCAAGUAAAGAACCUUCAAAUCCUACUUAAGUAAAGCACUUUACUUAAUUCACGUAGUGACUGUUCACUGUCCACUGUUUAGUAAAGAUACGACCUAUUCAGGGAAAUAUGUAAUAUCUUUUUCUUCAGUAGACUAAAUCUAAGGCUUGAAACAAAGUUAACUUGACCCUCUUUUUGUUGUAUCUUGAAUGAACUGAACACCUGUAUCUUAGGCAGGAUUAGACUUCAUUGUGGUGCCUGUUGAUGCCUCCUCUUCUGCACCUUCAGAGGCGGAAGACGGGCGGGUCUCGUGGGCCAUCUGGGGCCUCGUCCAUGCACUCGAGGACGUAGGGACUCAUUGUAAUCAUGACAAAACGGUAAAUGUUGUAAACGGUGAGCAGUGUUCACAUGAAUGCCUAAGGGGAGCAGGAAUGGAGGGUGGCAGCAAGCUGGUAAGACGACAGCUGUGGUGAGACCGCAGGCUGGGAGGCAGGUGUUGGGAGUGUCAGGGUGCAUCUCACUGAGCCAUUGUGUCGAUUCAAAUUCAAUUACUUCCUGCAGCUUCUUCACCAGAACCAUCCUGAUGUGUUGGAUUUUCCGUGAGCCCAGAAAGGAAUUCAGGAAAUCUGCCAGCAACGUAUUCCCCUCUUCAAAACUCUGACACAGCAUCUGUGAAGAGAAACAUCUCAUUAUUUCAAACAAACUAUCAUGUUACACCAGCUUAGACCUCUCUUUUGCUUCUACAAAAGCUGGAAAUAUUGCCCUCUAAACUCAGUCUAAACUAGGCAAACACACACAAAGACAGCAGCACACAGCUCCUGCACACUUGAACAGGAAAGAAAAUACACCACAGAGUGAGAUCAAUACUUACCUCACACUCCUCCUCUGCAUGGUUUACCUUUUUUAGGAGACUCCACUGAUCACAUUGCAAACUGGAUUUUUCUACUGCAAAUGCAGGAAAUUAAAACAAUUAGGAGCAGAAUUUCAAAAAACAAAACUACAAACAACCCGAAUUCUGAAUCUCACCAAGUUGUUCUUGUUUAGCCUGGAUGAUGCGUCUUGUGUUUUCCAGUUCUUUGUACUUCAUUGCAAGUAGCAAUUUAGCAUCUCUAAAUUUAGGUUUUUGAGAAAGAGCAACUUUGGCUAAUUUUGUAUUUGAAAGCAGCAUCUUUUCUGCAGCGCUUUGUAGCCCCUGAACCUGGAAUGACCAAAAAUAGUUAAAAAAAAAACACUAAGUUGAACGUUUUUUUAAUGAACAACGAGUAAUAAUAUAAUCUAUUAUUGUUUUUGUCUACAAUCCAAACUAUUAGUAUCUCUGUGUCAGCGUUUCUUGAAUGUCCCACCUUAUCACUGCCCCUGAUGAUGUGUCUUAUUGUGUCUUCAUCGUCCAGCAGCUCGCGCAGCUCUCGGGUCCUCAGAGCAGCAAAGUGAGACAUGAUGACCCCUGCACACGGGAUGCCCUCUGCUUCUUCAGAGGUUGGUCCCGGUCUGUUCCACGUGCAUCCUCCAGGGGCGCUAUGGGAGCUGCCAAUGCUGCGUUCAUGGGCGGUCCGAAAACUAUACGGAUAAAUGUGCCUCAGCUAUAUGUAGCCUCAGUUAAUCCUUAAAGACGGCGCUGCUGCUCCUCAGUGAAAGUCCUGCUCGGAGUCAGAGGAGACUUCUGAGAGAAACAUGCAGAUUAACCUGAUCAGACAUAAACAACGGACACCUCGACUGUCCUUUUCAGUGCAGAGAUGCUUUCUCUGGUGAUUUUACCACUCUGGCUCUGGGUGGAGGGAAAGGGCUGUAGCCACCAUGAGUGCUGAAAUUGACAACAGGGCAGAGUUGGACUCGGAGCUCUAUGGUGAGCUGGCUGACAUGGUGGCAGACAUGAACGUGGCGGGCAACCGCAUAACCCCGCAGAAUGAUUGCAGGUCCGGGCCCCCAAGUACCACAAGGGUCUCAGACAGGAAGAUGUCCCUGCAGGAGAGAGGGAGUCGCAUGCCCAGACAGCGCACCAUCGAGACCAAACGUGUGUCCAUCACAGAUGCUGAUGAUUGUGUCCAGCUGAACCAGUAUAAGUUGAAGAAAGAGAUUGGGAAGGGCUCAUAUGGAGUGGUCAAAUUGGCUUAUAAUGAAGAUUCUGAGAAGUACUAUGCAAUGAAAGUUGUUUCAAAGAAGAGGCUGAUGAAGCAGUGUGGAUUUUUUCGUCGCAUCCCGUCUAAAGGACCAAAGCCUGAUUUUCCUCUGGAGAAAGUAUACAAGGAGAUUGCCAUCCUGAAAAAACUGGACCAUCAUAAUGUUGUUAAGCUAGUGGAGGUGCUUGAUGAUCCUGAUGAAGAUGGACUUCACAUGGCCUUCGAUUUGAUGACAAAAGGUCAGGUGAUGGAGGUGCCCACAGACCACCCUUUCACAGAGGAGCAGGCUCACUUUUAUUUCAGAGACAUCGUCCUGGGAAUAGAGUAUUUGCACCACAACAAGAUCAUCCACCGGGACAUCAAACCCUCCAACCUGCUGCUGGGUGACGAUGGUCACGUAAAGAUCGCAGACUUUGGUGUGAGCAACGAGUUCGAGGGGACAGACGCCCACCUGUCAUGCACAGCAGGGACGCCAGCCUUCAUGGCCCCUGAGAUGGUGACCGAACACGAGCUGAGUUUCAGUGGGAAGGCAUUAGACGUGUGGGCGAUGGGAGUCACACUCUACUGUUUUGUCUUUGGGAAGUGCCCUUUUUAUGAUGAAAACAUCAUCUCUCUGUACAGCAAGAUCAAGCACAAACCUGUCGCGUUUCCAGAGACGCCAUCAGUAAGUGAUGUAUUAAAAGGGCUCAUUGAAAGGAUGCUGGAUAAAAACCCUGAAACAAGAAUCACCAUCCCUGAGAUUAAGCUCAAUGAGUGGGUGACGGAGAAUGGCUCUUAUCCUCUUCCUCUGGAGGAAGAGCACUGCACAGCGGUGGAGGUUACAGAGGAGGAGGUGCAGAAAGGCGUCACACUGAUCCCGAAACUCUCCACGGUGAUUCUGAUUAAGUCUAUGCUGAGGAAGCGCUCUUUCAGUAAUCCCUUUGAGUGUCUGGGCAACCGGACACAGAGGUCCAUGUCUCUCCCUGGAGGUCUUCUUACUGGCCCUUGGAGCUUACCAAAGGCCUCGUCUCAGACUCAUCCUACCAUGAGGAAAGUCGGCAAGGAGGGGAGCAGAGAAGGCGAGCUAGAGGACUUGAAUGAAGAUGAAGAUGAUGCAUAAUUUACAGAGUGAAGAUUAAAAAGAAAAGUUAAUACAGAUAACAUACUACAUCUAUAUCUAUAUUAUGGAUGGUUAAUACACACAAGCGGUUCACAAAUCUUAUUGGAUUGUAUUCUGUCCAUGCUGCUUGUGUAAAAGGGAAUUGUUGAUGUUGUUUACUAGAGUGAUGAAUUUAGAUUGUUUAAAUAUGCUCAUCAGAGAAGAUAUUUUUUCCUUUUUUCUACAGCUGUUGAGAAUAUGAUCAGUCUUA